GGUAUGUUAAUAUAUAUAGUGUGAUGUGUGGGGGUGGAGUUGGAGGCGCCGCCAGCCACGACAGUCCUCGCCGGCGUCUGCUUCCAGAAGCAUUACGCUGCUAAACCUGCCUUUUCCUGACUGAAAUUCUACAUCCUCAGCCUCACCCCUGGUCAGUCAUGGGCUGCGAGGAGGAAGUGCUCAAGAUUAAGAAGAAGCUGGAUAAGAUGACGUCGAGUGAUGGCGAUCAGACACAGGCACUAGAUAUACUGAAGGUGCUUCAAGGACUGCCAAUCAACUUCCAGGUUUUGUCAAAGACUCGUAUUGGCAUGACUGUAAAUGCACUCCGUAAGGCAUCAACUGAUGAAGAAGUAAUUUCCACUGCCAAACAACUGAUAAAGAACUGGAAAAAGUUUGUUCCUGAUAAGAAAGACGAUGAUGAAAAAGAAGGAAAAGAGGAGAAAAAGAAGGAGAAAGAGGAUAAAAAAGAAUCCAAGAGCAACAGUAACAGUAGCAACAAUAGCAAUGGCAGCAGCAGCAGUAGUGGAAGCUCCAAGCCUGUUAGUUUUCCAACAUCAGCCCCACCAACUACAGAUUCUCUGCGCCUCAAAUGUCGAGAGAUGAUCGCCAAUGCCCUCAAGUUAGCAGAAAUGCCUGAUGGUGUGGUAGACACUCCUGAGAGUUUGGCUGAAAAGGUUGAGGAGGCAAUUUACCAAGAAUAUCGCAACACUGAUUCUGGUUAUAAGAACCGUUUACGGUCAAGGGUUUACAACCUAAAGGACUCCAAGAACCCACAGUUGCGAGAAAAUGUUUUAAGAGGUGUUAUUUCUCCAUUGAGACUGGCAACAAUGAGUUCAGAAGAAAUGGCUAGUGCUGAAAUGAAGGCUCUACGAGAGAAGUUUACAAAAGAAGCCAUUGAUGACCAUCAGCUUGCAAUGGCUCAGGGCACAAAAACAGAUUUGCUCAAAUGUGGCAAAUGUGGACACCGAGAGUGCACAUAUAACCAGAUGCAGACCAGAAGUUCUGAUGAACCUAUGACCACAUUUGUGUUGUGCAAUCAUUGCGGUAAUCGCUGGAAGUUCUGCUGAACAAGUCUGCUGGAACCAAAUAUGCCCCAAAGGAUUUCUUUUGUUUUUGUAGAGAACUUGUUAAUCAUUGGUUGUUCCCAAAACUAAAUACAGUAUAUGAUUUGUGAUGACCAACUUCAGCCUUAGGAUAGUUCUGUUGCACAUAGUCUUGUACUUGUUUGUGUAACUGAACUGAGCUGCUUUAAAAGUGGUCCAUUAAGGCUCAUUCCUCAUGCUCUUGACUUAAAAUUAUUUUUCAAAGUUCAUGUCAAUUAUUCCAAGGUUGAAAUAACUGAAUUGUUUGAAAAUAGACUGUACAAAUAUGUGAAGAAAUUUUUCUAGUUUUUAACAACUGCCAUAUAACUGUAGACAUCAUUAUAUUUUGAAUUACUUCAUGUCAAAUAGUUAUAAUUUGUAGUAAUAAAUCGUGUGAAUCACUUCUAUGUAUUCCAUCUUAAGUAAUUUAACACUGAAACGUAUAUACCAUGGUGUUUAGCGAUGCAUUAGGUAAGACUUAGAAUUGGAAGAUUCUGCAUUGUGCAGUGAUAACCCUCUUAGCAUAGGAGGGCAUAUGUUGUAUAAAUAUGGUGAGCAGGUGUAUUGACAUUUCAUGAGGUUAAAAAAAGUUUACAUUUGUAUAGUUAUGUGCUGUUGAUAGAGCAUAAAUUUAAUAUUAGUUUUAUAUAUGGCUAUGUGAGCAUAUUAGGUGCAGAUCUGGUUGCUCACUAUUCUUGAGCUUUUACUAUAUGUUAUAAGUUUUUCAGGCCCCAGUAGUAUCCAUCCCAUUGAUUGAAGUUCUAUUAGGAAAUAAUAGAGAAUUAUUCUUAGUUUAAGUGUUUUAUAAAAGUUUUAUUUUUCAUUUUGUCCUGAAAGGUAUGUGUAACAAUUUCCUUAAGUAAGGUUUACCUUCCUUCAUUCUCAUAUUUGUGCUAUCACCCUGAUGUUUUAGUUACUCUAGUAUUUGCUUGAUGGUGGGCCCAUAUGGUCCUUUCUAUUUAUUCUGGGUUGGAAGUUAAUAUUUGAAUGAGAAUACAACUGAUACUUGACUUAGAUUUUCAGAUUUAUUAAUCUGAUGUCAUUGUGAUGCAGCUGGUCAGAAUUUAAUUUUUUAUUAAUAAAAACUACUUGUAUAUGGAUUACUUUAAAACUGGUAUUGUACAUUAUUAUUCCAGAAUAAACUGAGAAAAAACUUGUAUGAAAUUUACCAUCAAGAAGCUGCAUAUAUUUAUCAAAACAUAUCCCUAUGCUAUACAGAUGAUAAAAUAAUUUUUUGAAUGUUAGACAUGCUUUUCAUGUUAAUAAUACUUUUCAUUUCAGAAUGUAGCAUAUUUAUGCCUGUUGUCCUAUAUACAUAUACUUUUGGAAGUUAGAAUCUUUUUUUUUUCUUCAUUGUCAUUACAAUAAAGUCAUAUUCUUGAAAUUUGUACUUAAAACAUUUUAUGGAUAUGUAGGACCAAAUUUUUUUACUUUUAACAUUGAAAUAUUUCCAGUCUUAAUGCUUGAAUUACUAGAAGUAGUACAGUUUUCAUAUCUUGAGUACUGUGUUCUUACCAAUACAAUUGUACCUGUA